UUCUCAACCCUGGUGUAGAUGCUUCCUUGACACCUCUUUCAAACCAUCCAUCUUCUCUGUCUAAAAUGUGCACCUGGUGGUCCUCAAACGAGUGUCCUCUGUCCUUCAGAUGUAAGUAGACUGCCAUCAUCCACCCAUCCUCUGCUAACAAUGUUACUUGGAAUAAACAUGCCAUUUAUUCAGUUUGUUCACUUUUAUUCUCUGCACGGCAGGGACUCCAUGUCCACAUGUUACGCCGCCAGCAACAACAACAUGAAGAACAUUCUGCUUUUUUUUUACACCAGGAAGCACCUGGUGCCAUAGUGAAUAGUGUAGAGGAGAAACAACAUGUUAACAGAAAGUUCCAGAAGAAACAAUGGAAAAAACUGGUAGAGCAUUCAGGAAUGGAAAAUUACCCAGGAAGAAGAUUUUGGAGUGGAAAUCUUCCAAGGGCACCGCCUAAAGUAGGAGGAGACUGAGGGCUAUAAAAUAGUUUGUCUGGAAGCCUGCCAAGAUGUAACUUGGGUUUUUUGUCUUUUUACAGAUUUAAUUAUUAUUAUUAUUAUUAUUAUAGAAUUAUGCAGAUUUGACUGUCUACAGUGAGCUUUUUUGGACUCCAAGUUACUACCUAGUUUUACAAAUAUGUUUAUAAUGGUGAAGACGAAUAUUGAUUGCUUUUUCUUCAUCAGUUGCUUUAACAUAUGCAUUUUCUAUUUAGUGGUAAUUUUACUCAUGAUGGCUCUCUUAUUUGAAGGUGUAGGCAGUGUGCCACUUCAGAAUGACAUGGAGUCCAGCCCACAGUGCAGCAGGAGCUCUAACUGGCUCAUACUAUAAACACAGCUCUUGUGUCAGCCAAUCAGAGCUCCUGUUGCUGCUCUGAUACAUUUGUGUUACAGUUUUCCUUCAGGUGGACAGUACUGCCUGAUUUUAGCAGGGAACCAUGAUGACUGCAGAGGACCUUUUGAACACUCUGGAGGAUUUAAGAGAGGAGGAAUUUACAAAGUUCAAAUGGUGUCUGAAGCAGUGUGACUUCCCGGGAGACUACCAGACCAUCAAAGAGUGCGAGCUGGAGAAGGCUGACAGGUUGAAAACAGUGGACCUGAUGGUGAACGCUUAUAAACCUCAUGGAGCUCUAGAGGUGACCAAGAAGGUUUUAGAGAAGAUACCCAGGAAUGACCUGCUGCAGAGUCUGCCAGACACCAGCUCAGGACCAGAAGUGUCAGUGGAGGUCAGUGACGUUGGAGGGAACAGAGGACCUUCCUCCUCUCAGUGUGAAGGUACAGCUGCUGGAUUCUCUGAUGUGAUUGUUCCAGAACCAGAGCCACAACCCAUCUCAUAUUACAAACACUUACUUCAGUCGAACCUCCAGGAUAAGUUUAUGUGUGCACAAGAGGGGUGGGCUCAGAAGAAGGAUGAGCAGCAUCUGGAUGAAAUCUACACAGACCUUUACAUCACAGCUGGAGCUAACGUACACAUUAACACACAGCAUGAGGUCAGGCAGAUUGAGGCUGUGGUGAAGCCAGCUGAAACAGAGAAACCAAUUGAACCCAGUGACAUCUUCAAACCCCCCUCUGGGAGUUAUAAACCCAUACGAACUGUGCUGACCAAUGGAAUCGCAGGAAUUGGCAAAACAUUUCUUGUGCACAAGUUUGUGUUGGACUGGGCUGAACGAAGAGCCAAUCAAGAUGUGCAUCUGGUAUUCCCCUUCACCUUCCGCCAGCUGAAUCUAUGGAAGGAAGAAAAAUUGUAUUUGGCAGAGCUGAUUCAUCGUUGUAUUACAGAGACCAGAUGCAUCAAGAAAGAAGCUCUUAAUCACAUCUUUACAACUCUGCAGUUAUCGGGAAACACCAACUAUGACAAAAGUAAAUUCAAACUUCUCUUUGUUUUGGAUGGACUGGAUGAGAGCUGCCUUCAACUAGACUGCUCUACCAGUAAAAACCAGACAGUUAACUUCGAUGUUACAGAGUCCACCUCAGUGGAGAAGCUGCUGACAAACCUCAUCAAGAGGAACCUGCUGCCCUCUGCUCGCCUCUGGAUAACCACACGACCUGCAGCAGCCAAUCAGAUCCAUUCUGAUUUUGUUAAUAUAGUGACAGAGGUCAGAGGGUUCACUGACCCACAGAAGGAGGAGUACUUUAUGAAGAGGUUCAGAGAUGAGGAGCAGGCCAGCAGCAUCAUCUCCCACAUCAAGACAUCACGAAGCCUCCACAUCAUGUGCCACAUCCCAGUCUUCUGCUGGAUCACUGCUACAGUUCUGGAGGAGGUGUUGAAGACCAGAGAGGGAGGAGAGCUGCCCAAGACCCUGACUGAGAUGUAUGCAGAAUUCUUGGUUCAUCAAACAAAGCAGAGGAAUGAAGAAAAGUGUAUUCAGUACAUCAAGUCAUUAGCAAAACUUUCUUUCCACCAGCUGGAAAAGGGCAACCUGAUCUUCUACGAGAAAGAUCUAAAAGAGAGCGACAUAGAUGUCCGGGGGGCUUCGGUGUGCUCAGGAGUGUUCACAGAAAUCUUUAAAGAGGAACGGGGGAAGCGGAAGGAGGACGACAAAAUGUUUAGCUUCGUCCAUCUGACCAUUCAGGAGUUUCUGGCUGCUCUUCAUGUUCAUCUAAAAUUCAUCAAAUCUGGUGUCAAUCUGCUGGCUACAUCCUGGAGGUCUAAAUUUAAUUACAAACGGAAUCUAAAACAUCUCUACCAGAGUGCUGUGGACAAGGCCUUACAGAGUCCAAAUGGACACCUGGACUUGUUCCUCCGCUUCCUCCUGGGACUUUCACUGCAGACCAAUCAGACUCUCCUUCAAGGUCUGCUGACACAUACAGGAAGUACCUCACAGACCAAUCAUAAAACAGUCCAGUACAUCAAGGAGAAGUUGGAGGAAAAUCUCUCUGCAGAGCAAAUCAUCAAUCUGUUCCACUGUCUGAAUGAACUGAAUGAUCGUUCACUAGUGGAGCAGAUCCAACAGUCCCUGAGUUCAGGAAGUCUCUCCACAGAUAAACUCUCUCCUGCUCAGUGGUCAGCUCUGGUCUUCAUCUUACUGUCAUCAGAAAAAGAUCUGGACGUAUUUGACCUGAAGAAAUACUCUGCUUCAGAGGAGGCUCUUCUGAGGCUGCUGCCAGUGGUCAAAGCCUCCAACAAAGCUCUGUAA